AUGGACAAGGUGUGCCACUCCUGUGGCCUUGGCAAGCCCAGCCUGCUGAAGCUUGCCCAAGAACCCUUCACUCCUUGUGCACAGACAGACCGUCGCACCAGCUCCCUGCCUCUACUGGCCCUCCCUGGGGUGACAUCGAGCAGUGAGGACCAUCCAGAUAACCAGCUUACAAAUGAAAAACACACAGAUGAAAAGCCUAUGAAAGGUAUUGUUAUGAGUUCUGUCGCAGAAUUCAGCAUCACAGACGCUUCAUCAAAGGGUACCAAAAAUGAGAAGAAAUUGUCAGAUGCAAGCAGAUCAUCCAUUGCUUCCCUGGAGAAAUGCAGAGAAUUCUCUUACAUUGAAGAUGAUGCAUCAGUGCAUCAGAGAGACAGUGACGAUGAAUGCGCAACACUUAUCCUGGCCUGCUUGUUCUGCCAGUUUUGGGACUUUCUUAUAAUGCUGCCUGAUACCUGUGAACAUUGGCUGACAGAUACCUGUUGUCCAUCCAAUAGAUAUUACCAGACCUCCGACGAAGACCACGGCAGCAACGACUGCAACUGUGACUGUGACAUUGAUUGCAGCCUCUUUGAGUCCUGCCACGAGACCGGGGAGUGCCUGGAGCUGGCCAUGGAGAUCUCAGAAGUCUGCUAUCGCUGA